AUGUCCAACCCCAUUGGUCUCCUUCUCUUCUCUCUAUCACUCAUCAUCACCAUUGUUACAUCUCAAGAAAGAGCACCUCAUGGCCUUGUUUACCAAAACCCAAAGGCCUUUUCACCAUCAGCAUAUGAAUUCUUUCAUCCAAAUUCACAAAAGCAUAAUGAUAAUGAUCCAUGCACUUCAUCUAAAUGUUCACCUUUUCCUUUAGCUGUUGAAGCUACUCAAAUUCAUGAAAGCAAAGACUCAAAAUCAAACAAAGGUGGUAAAAAUUUGGGAGCUGGGGGCAUUAUUGGAAUUAUCUUUGGUGGUGCAUUUGUUGCGGUUUUAGCUAUGAGUGUUUAUCAUGUUAGAGUUACUCGUAAAGCUAACAUGAUUAGAGCUAGAGCUAAUAAUAGUGUUCAACCAGAAGUUUGA